GCUGAGUGUUUCUGUAACUUAUUGUGCAAGUACCACAAACACUUACUGUAUCAACAGACAUUCUUCCAAAAACGAGAUGGCAAUUUGAAGAAAACUUCCAUCAAGGGAGCAUCCAAGUAGACCUGAUAUCUAUAUGCUGAACCAUAAGGUGUCAGCGGGCGGGUGAAUGGCGCAAGCCCGCUCCACCGCCUCGGAUAAAACCACCCCGCGUCGACCGGCACCUCAUCACCAAUACUCCGCACCUUCAUCAUGAGUUCCGAUCCAGCUUCGUUCACCUCCAUCCCCAUAUUAGACUACUCUCAGGCCUCCUCUCCGGACACCAAGCCGACGUUUCUCUCCGACCUGCGAAAUGCUCUGGUCAAUGUGGGCUUCUUUUACCUGGUCAAUGCCCCGAUCGCGGCCCGGGUGCGCGACGAGUUGAUCGAUAAGACCUUUCGCCUUUUCGAUCUGCCCCUGGAGAAAAAGGUAGAAAUCGAAAUGGUCAACAGUAAACACUUCCUGGGAUACUCCCGACUCGGAGCGGAGACCACAGCCCGUCAGACCGAUUAUCGGGAGCAGUUCGAUUUUGCAACAGAGUUGCCCCCUCCGGCCCCGGAUGCACCUCUAUAUCGCAAUAUCAGGGGGCCAAACCAGCAGUGGCCCGAUGAAACCGCCAUCCCGGGCUUCCGUCACGCCGUGGAGGCAUACCUGACCGAGAUGAGCCCGGUUGCCGAGGCAUUCAAGAUACUUAUUGCAGAAGCUCUGGAUCUUCCCCCGACCGCGCUGCAGCAAUUCUUCGAGAACCCAACGCAACAGAAGUUAAAGUUGAUCAAGUACCCGCCUCCCGCGACGCCAUCCGAGGCCCAGGGCGUGGGAGCCCACAAGGAUUCCGAAUUUUUGACAUUCCUGCUGCAGGCGACGCCCCAUACAGGACUCGAGGUACAGAACAAAGCGGGCGAGUGGAUAUCCGCUCCUCCAAUGCAAGACUCGUUAGUUGUAAAUAUUGGUCGUGCGCUCGAGGCCAUCACGGGCGGGGUGUGCACGGCCACUACUCACCGCGUUAGUUUGGCCGCGGAGAAAUUCGUGGAUGCGCAGGGUCGGGCGCUCGGACCCCGGUUUUCGAUCCCCGUGUUCCAAGGGAUGAGUCUGGAUCUGUCGGCGGAGAAUAUCUCGCUGGAAAUCCCGGCCCAUAUCAGGGGUCUAAUCAAAGAUGCAAAAGUGAGGUCGGAUGCAGAGGUCACAUUUAAUCGCAUGUUCCGAGGGAAUGUUGGAGAGGGCACCCUUGUGCACCGGGUCAUGAGCCAUCAAGAUGUCGGGCGGCGGUGGUAUCCGGAAUUGUUGGAUUGGGCCUUGGGAGAGUAUGAGAAGUAA